ACGCAAUUUCUGAACGAAUGAGUAAUUCAGUCAGAAAGACAGAAACGUCAUUUCAACGAUUGAUUUUCUGAAGUUUGUUUGCGUUUUUCCGCGAAGAUAUACACAGUUUUUCCACUAACCACAUUGCUAAAUAUGUACAAAUUAUCUUUGGCAGAUAUUGAAUAAUGUAAAAUAGCCAUGAACGUGCUUGAAAGGGCCGAAAAGGCCUUAGAAUACUUGAAAUCCGUCGAAGGCUCUACGAAGACUCAUGAGCUCCAGGCGGCAGCUGGAACGCUGGGGCGGUGUCUAGGCGCGUUAGGAAGUCGACAAAACUGUGCUAGACAUUAUGGAAAUCUUCUGCAAUCUGCCAUACCGACAUUAUUGUCCCUAGCAAGCAACGAUAGUGCGGAAAUUCGUCUAGUGGGUGAUGAAGCCUUGAACAGAGCAGUGGUGGGGGGAUUUGCGUUCCACUCCCACAAAACUAAUAUUAUCCUACAGAAUCAAAUUGAUCACACCAAAAACGCCAGAUGGAUCCGAGCAGCUCUCACAAGAAUCCUGCUUGGAGAAAGCUGGCUGCGUCCGGGUGUAGGCAAGAUCAGGAUGCAGGCCCAGCUCCUGUUCCCAAAACUCAGCCAGAUUGUACGGACUACAAGCGAAAUACAGCUUACUCUGGAGGCUUUAGAGAGCAAUUUGGAUCGAAUAUUGUCUGCGCUGGUUGUUUAUACUACAGAUGAGGAAAUUGCUGAACUAUGCUCUGCCCUGCUGACUCACGCGGAGAGCACGGAAGCAGGCGUGCGACGGCCAGCAGCCGCGUGUGUCGCACUGUUGUGCUCGCACAAGGACUCGGUGUUGGCUGAGGUGUGCUCUGCUGUGUUCAAGAAGCUGUGGCCGUCUACGACCGAUAACACGGUGAUUUUGGCGUGGUUCUGUGUGAUCAAGGCACUGUUUCAGACUAACGAUGUGUCGAAAUUCGCGGACAAUGACGUGUUUACGGUACAAGAUUAUUUGCAGCUUUACUACCUAUGUAUCCACUACAUAGAGCGAACCACAACCGAGCAUAACAUCCAAAACGCAGUACUCGAAUGCCUCAGCACUCUUCUGUCUCAAGCCAGAGGGGAAUACAGGAAAGCCUUGUUGGAAAAACAUCCGAAAAAAGUGUCCUUGGACCACAGGGAGGAGAAACGACAUAGGAGGAAUAUUAGUAAUGCAAGUCUAUCGUCUCGAGCGACUAUGGGUCCACUAUCAGAACGUGAUUCAGAUCUACUGUUCUACGGAGCCCUACAUUUGACUACACCCAGCCUUAGUGUUGAGGACCUUACCAUUCAGACACCGGACUCUCCGGCGAGUGAAAUGGACUUGGAUGAGAACACGGAACACUUGUCUAAAGAGCUGCUGAGUUACCACAAGAACCUGACUGAGAAGCUUCAGGAAAUCGAAGAGUCGGAGACCCGAGACGAGGACCACGUGGACCACGGAGGUUUUGAGAGUGGAGUUAAGGUAAAUAUAGGAUCGUCAACGGACGAUGACAUUCCACUGAAGUAUCUAGCGAGGUUGCUAGCUUCAAAGUUUCUUCUCACUGCCAACAAGGGAGGUGUAAUUCCUGACAGGGUUAUUCGAGUAUCAGUGAAGUCAUCGGCACUAAACUGCAUGUCGGAGAUCCUGCACUUGUAUCCGCAAGCCAUCACCAUCUACUUGGACAAAGAGGCGGAUGCCAAGUCACACAAUAUCUCCGGUUCAUCGGAAGGAACAGAUUACAACCAAGACCACAUAAACGAUUUCAUCUUAGAACGAAACGUGUGCUACCAAGACUCACUAACAGACUCCCUAACCCAGGACCUCCUGAACAGAAGCAUGGACAGCCACACACCAUCGCAACAACUAUCCAAAAAAGACAGCAAAUCACUAGAAAAAUCUAUGGACAGCGUCGAACAAAAAAGCUCCUCCAAAGACAUCCAAAGCAAUAUCUUAGACAGCAAAGUUUUUACCAAAGAAUUAAUUGCUAGCGCAAUGACGGAUAGCACCAACCCUAAUAUGACCAAUAGUAAUUUCACUACAAACUCGAAUAUGUCUUGCAGUAACGACCCUACAACUGGCUAUCCAAUGUCAAGCAGCGGUGACAUAUUAUCUUCAAGCAUAGAUUUAGACAUGAAAUUCGAUCAUUUCGGUGAAUCUACUACCAAUUUGGACCACCUAGAUGCUUUUAAAAGGGAAGAAAAGAAACGGGCUUUGAAAAGGACCGAUGAAGUCCAUAGCAAGGAUGCUCCUAUUAUAGAAAUAAGUGAAGAUGGAAAUUUCGAGUUUCAGCACAUGUCUGAUGUUUUUAUUCUUUUUGAAGAACAUUCGGACCCUCAGAUUAGGGGGUUAGUGAGAGUGUGUAUAGGGAAUUAUUUGAGUGCAGCGUUAGAACUUUCACAUGGGGAUUAUAAUAGGUGGAGGAAUGUCAGUGCUUUGACGAAGGAAGUUAGUGAUAAUAUCAGCGCUGAGAAGCUGGUGAAGAUCAUUUUAAAGGGUCUAACCGACGAAAUACAUUCAGCAGUGAACCACACGCUUUCAUCUCUAACCAAGACCGCUAUCGCAUUGGGCGAUGCGUCAUCCUGGCCUCUACUGUGGGAUUGUAUCAAUUCUCUUAUAUUUGUGGAGAGUAACAAGUAUUGGCUUUGCAAAGUUAAUUUGUGUAAGCUGUAUGAGAAAUUACCCUAUCAGAAGUUAUUUUUAUUGUACCCUGGUUUCCACGCAAAAAGUAAAAUAAUUGUAGAUACACUGUUUCGCCUUUUGGCCGAUGAAGACCAAAGAGUGAGACAGGCAGCUGCCCAAACUAUAACUAACAUAAUACCUAAAAUAUUCAUCUCAAAACGGCACACCCCUACCACAAUGCUCGCGCAUCUGACCAAAGAGCAGAGCCAACUGUUCACUUUCAGCCGUCCAGGGUUGUCCCUCGACCUGGUCAAAGAUAUGUAUUUCUACUUCGAUCUGCCUGAGGAACUAAGAACCGGAGAUACAUUGAAGGGUGGAAGUUUGAGGGUCGUUGUGGGCGACGUUAUGUGGCGGCUGAUCUCGUGCAAUUGUAAAUUCUAUUCGCAAGGGCUACUAGAAUGCUUACAAGCCAUAUGUAAGAAGUGGUUGCCAUGGAAACACAAGGAGGCUUAUUCGGACCAAGGCAUCUUGAGCUACUGCCUCGAUAAUCUGGACUACUGCAAUGGAAGUGUGGCCAGGAGGACAUUGUUUCUUGAUAUUUGCAGGCUGGUAUAUCCUGUUGAAAUCCACAACAUAAUGUACAAGAAAACAACCACGGACAUAUUCGAACGCGACUCCCAAACUAAAGACAAAUGGCAACACCUAGACGACGAACGAGUAUCGAGCUCAGCGGAGAAGUUUCUGCAAGUGACGUUGAAGAUGCUGAACGUGCUGGUGCAUUUGAUUGAGGAUAUUAACCCUAAUGUGCAUUUGAAUAAGAGUGGUAUUGCGCUGCCCGGGAGCCCAGUUAGGAGGAAAAGUACUGAACCUCAACCCCGUCGCGGCAGUGUCCCAGACGGCGCAGACGAGAGAAACAUGCGCAAGCGUCUCCCCACACCCGCCGCGAGCAUGCGUCCGACUUUCGCGGGACACUUCUUUACCGAACCCUUCUAUAUGAAGCUGUAUGACAAUCUGAGGGCUACAUACUCUAACCAUAAGAUAAACCUCGACCCAAAAAACAGUAUGUUCUACGAAUUCCUAACAACAGUGCUCGAUUGCCUGGCUAUACAACUAGAACUUUCAACUGAACGCGAAUUUGGUUCCGUCACAGAGGAGUUACUCUACUACCUCAAAGUUAUUAUGCCACUUCGUUCCGACACUACUGUGUAUUGCAUAACACAGUUAUUAAAAUGCUUAUUUGGUACUAACAUGAUAACGGAAUAUAAUGACUUCAUGAGUAUAGUAGCUUUACCAAAGACUGAAGGCAAAGUUACAUUUUACGAUGACGUUAUGUUAAUUAAUUCUUUAAGUCCUAUUGAAAGUGAAUCUAGAAGGAACAGUAUAUGUUCGAAUUCUAGUCAAAAGUUGGCGUUAGAUAGUAAAAAUCCGGUAAUGAUGGAAGAGCGAAAAAUGUUGAUAGCUAUGGAGAAUUUCUCUAAGAAUAAGAUGGAUAGGAAGUGGAGUACUAAUAAAAAGGAGUUGGAGAGAUAUAUUAGGUUGUUUGAACCGGUUGUGAUACAAGCUUUAAAGAGCUAUACGAUGCAAAACGAUAUACCACUCCAAUGUCGCGUGUUAAGCCUUCUAAGCCAGUUGCUAACUCUGAGGGUCAACUACUGCAUGCUUGACAGUGAGCAGAUCUUCAUCGCGUUCCUUAUCAAGCAACUUGAGUAUGUGGAACAACAUGAGAUACCUAAUUGCUGUGAUCUAGUCCAUAGUAUACUGAUGUUCUUAGUUCAACUAUCUUCCUCGAAACACCAUACAAAGCAAAUCAUAGAAAUUCCUAAGCUAAUACAAUUAUGCGACGGUCUGAUGGCAUCUGGUAAUCACUUGGAGUGUAUAGCGGGUUUGGAGCCAGUCAUCGUCAAAAUUUUCAGCAAUAUGGGUGGUGGUAGUGUAUUGGGAAGGCAACAGCAACAAGAAGCGCAGGCUACAAGAGAAGUCCUGUUUUCAAUGUUGCAAAAGACUAUGGACCGACAAAAGGUUCUGGAACUAGUAUCCUGCGUCCUCUGUCUCUCCCAAGAUCACCCAGAAAGCUACUACCUCUGGUCCGAGCUGGCCUGCAACACCCUACUGAACCUACUGGCGAGCGCGUCCAUAGAGCUGGACAGCCGGCAUGCCAUCGCGUCGCUGGAGAGGCUCGUGGAGUCCGUGUAUAAAGACGUGCUGCUGGAGCAGAGCAGGGUGGAGAUGCUGCUCAAGAUAUUGUUCAAGGCGCCUGAACAGACAGCGACUCCCCGCAAACUGAAAGUCCGCUACCUCGCCAUAACAAUGGUCAUCCUACGAAAAAUACUCGUUCUCAUACCAGAGAGUGAAAUACUACUAUCAAUAAACUACCUCAAAUCAUCCCACAUUUCCCCACAAUCUAUAUUUUUCAACGUCAAACCUGACGUGGACCCGCUAAACGUCCAAAAUGUCAACGAGAACUGCGCGAACUUAUCGCCAGAUGUCAUUCUAGUCAGGUUUUUGUUCAAAACUUUGACGUUUGCGAUAACUGAAGUGGAUAAUUGCCAUGAUGCGAUUGAGCUUGGCGAUGAAGAUGAUAGCCAUAAUGGCUUGCUGUAUGCGGUGUGCGUAAAUAUCAUUGUGCAAGUGAAGCAUAUGCUGCAUUUAACAAGUGGAUGCCUCUUCCCCUUAACAGCCAAAACCGCGCAAAGCAUUCUGCACAACGAACAGAGCGGCCUCAACACCGGCCUGUACAGUCCGGACGAGAACAUCCCGCUGGACCUGCUUAAUUUGAUAUGCCUGCGCGCCGCGCACAGGACGCCGCUGCUGACUGUACAUUGGUCGCAUUUGUUGAUAAGGCUAAACUUCCUAUCCCACAAAUAUUGGCAGAAAUUGAUCGGUUUCGCCCGCGACCUUCCAUUGGGAGGUGGCGAUACUCGGCCAUCGCCAGCGAACGCCUUACAAACUGCCUGCGUUCUGGCGUACUGCGAAUAUUUUGUAGAGAACGGUCUCUCGGAAGCGGUUCACCUAACAUGGCUACUUGUGAACCGAGUGCAGAUCCUAGCCACACAGUACGCUGAACGCGUAGUGCAAAGUUUAGUGUUGAAAGUGCAGGAGAACGCAGGGGCCUCUAGCUUGCUCUUGCAAUGUGUUGCUGCGCGCUGCCAGGGGUGUCUCAAGGAGGAAUUCGCUCUAAACAUUUACAAAAUGCUGUCGUUGUGUCACGAAACUCAGUCCGGGGCUCUUGUGUUUCUCAUCUGUCGUAUUAUCGGCAAGCUGGAACCUGCUGUUGCUAUUCGGUACGCAAACCUGGCAAUAGAGAGAUGCAGACUCCUGAAAGACAUGUCCGUCGAAGACAUAAACGUGCAGCUUACUAAAGAGGACGUUCAAGUGGCUUUAGAGAUGCUACAGAGGGAGAAGGUCCAUGUUCGAUACUCUUCGCUAGUAAUGGAACUUAAUUCUCUGGCGUCAACGGUGUUCGAUCUGUCUCCGUUGGACCUGUCCCAAGACCGAGCCAUCAACCCACAGUACAUCGUCACGACCAACGUGGACGACCACUGGCUCGCUAACCAGGUUAAAGCCAGAUGCUGUCAAACCAACUGCGCUUUACCGAAGAUAUCCAAGCAAAAGGAGCUCGCUUCGCUAUUACUAAAUUUGUCAAAAGACGAGCUGUCAACUGUCAUCGCUUGCCCAGAAUUUGACAGGAAACUACUUAGCAACUUCUUCAAACUAAUAUGUGAUAAUUAUCUAAAAGAGUUUUUGGACGUGGCGUCCGCUUGCGAAAGCAAAGAGUUAGAGCGAGACAAUAUAAGAGAACAGAGAGAGAUGAUAAAACUACACGAAGAAAUGAUAUCAUCAAUGGAUAGUAAUAAAUUGAAUGUAGUCAACAGCUUGCAAGUUUUUAAAAAGAGUGACAAAGAAUCAAAAUCGCAAUUCUUUAUACCGGUCAAUGAAAAAGAGAAAUUCGGAAAUUUAGAGUUAACAGAUGAAGACACAGAAUUGAUUCCUCCACAGAUGUCUCAAUUAUACGUAGUCGCUAUAACCUCCUUGGACAAAAGUCUAUCUGAAAUAAUAAGGCUGUUUCCUAAGCAAAACCGACCUUUAAGUCAAUCUGAAAAUUUCAACUUAACUGUCGAGCAAACUAUAGAUAAAUAUACAAGGAGAUGCCAUCAAGUGUUUCAAGAUAAAUUAUUCUAUCAAGAAUUCAUUACAAUCCAAACGAUUUUAAAAGGAUUCUUAGAAUCCCUGCAAAGGACUUUGACUCUUAUAGACGAUACUGAUUGCGACUUGUUAGAGAAAUGCAUAGAGAACAUACUACCAGGAUCAUUAGCGAAGAAUAUAGCCAUUUUUUCUGUGAUAUCUUUACAGUAUUUGACAUUUUUGAUAAAGAAUAAAAAACUUGUAGAGAGUCCGGUGCACACUGAUGUUUCAUUCAGAGCUAAUGUCACUGUGACAGAUGACGUAGUAGUUGACAAUGUCAUAGUUUUGACAGUUGACAAUGUGGCAGAGGCGUUGGGCUGUAAGGAGAUAUGGAGCGGGUUAAAUUUUGACAGUAAUGUCAAUCGGACGCAGUCUGCGAUCAGCUGUUUGUACGCGAUUGUGAAGUAUCUAGUCAAGGACACCAAACCCAUAACACUAAAUAAAUACAUAACGUCCGACGAAGACCCUAAACCUGACAUAAUCAUCAUAGGAGACAAACUGGUCACCCUCAUAGACUACUGGGAGUCGAACUUAUGUACCGACGGUGCGAGUGAAGUGCUCGGAAAAUGCUAUAGGAAACCAAUUGAGAAGUUACUUGUCAGCCUGGCGAGACUGGACAUAGUAAGCAACAUGGCGCUCAUACCGCCCAUAGCCUGGUCUUCCGUAGAAGUGGUCUCCAAGAAGGACCAGCUACAGAAUAUCGACCUGCCACUCCAGGCCUUCCAGGAUAUGGACGUUUUGGAAGCCUUCUUAUUCAGAGUGAACCUAAUCGGUUGGUCAUCGAAGAAGCAGUUCGAAGAAAUUUGGGUGGUUCUCCUCGGCGCGUUGCAGGGUAACGGCGGGCAUUGGGCCGUGCGGGGAAUAACGCAGUUGCUGACAGGCGCUAGGUGCGCUAGACACGUGCCUAGAGACCUGGGCAGGACUAGCCGGGGAAUCCAGCGACUGCGCAACAUUCUAGUCGGCACUUCCUUCUUCUCUCAACUGGACACCAUUAACUUGGAGCGGAUCCCACUUCUGAACGAUGACGCGCCGAGCUACCAUUGUGCAGAAUACAACGCCGAUUACCUCAAACUGUCUGCAGACAUUACAGACUACGCGCCAUACUUCGUAAGAAAAGAAGUGAAGCGAGCGAGAAAGAACCGAGACGUCGACGUGAACAGCUGUUUACAGCUUCUAAUGGAUGUUACUUCUCAGAUGCUAGAUCCUAAGGCACCAACAGGCCUAGCGACCCGCCUGGCCCUGCUGACCAGCCUGGUAUACUGCAGCGACGUGUACAGCGCCGCGGCUCAGUGGCGGUGCGGCGCCGCGCAGCUCAUAGCGCUCAGCCCCGCCCAAGGAGAUAUCACUCAGUACAGUGCGGCCGGGAGGGCUCUACUCGCUGCCAUGCAACGGGCGUUGUGUGUGGAAAGGCAUGAUACGCAGGAACUCCAAACAGUCCACCAGAAGCUCCUGAAGUCCCUGGCCUCCCCCUACGCCCCGCUGCGUCAGGCGGCGCUGCAGGGCUGCCUGCUGCAGCUCGGAGACUCGCGGCGUGUCGCGCCCCAGCCCUCGCCCUCGCCCUCGCCCUACCAGGACCUGGUGACGCAGCUGGCGCACCACGUGCGGGCACAUCUACCACAUGAUACUAGGUUGUCGCUAUACGAGCAGAGCCUCUACUGGGCCGUUCUGUUCACUCUGAUAGAGCUCGGCCAUCCGGAUCUCAUAAAUAUCGCUGUGGACUUCGUCCUAGCCAAGCCUAGGCAUUACUGCAUAGAUCUAGUUGUCAAGGGCAUCUCAAACACAAUCCGACAACAGGUGCUGCCAAAAGAACUGAAAAACAAUGUGAUAGAGAAACUGACGGAAAAUACCAAGAAAUAUUCGGAGAGGCACGCCCUGAUGAUUCUUAUGGUGCAUCUGUUCUCAGCUGACAACAAACUCCUAAGCCCAAAACUGACCUCGGACGUGUCCAACAUGGACCCAGACAUUCUCAUGAACUCAAUGGAACGCAUAACCCUCCUCUACAAACUCUUACGCAAAUCCGAAACGUCAGAGACCAAGCAAAUAAUAACGAACGCAAUGAAAUACUUCUUGAGAGAGACGCUGCCGCCCGCGGCGACUUUGAGUCGAGUUGUGAUCGAGUUUCUGGAGACUUGUAAGGAGAGCGAGAGGGAGAAGAUGGCGGUGCUUAGUGAGAGGGAGAGGGGGAUAGAGAGUGCGGUGUUGAAUGCUGAAGUUGUUUUUGAGGUAUUCGAGACAUCAGUAACCCAAGACCAGCUCCCAGUCCUCAGCGGCUGGAUCUUCGAGGCUCUCUGCCAUCUGCUCCACGGCAAAAUAUCCCCAAACCUCCUCCCCUACACCCUACUAACACUCCUCGUCUCCGCUUCGUCCACCAAACACAUACGAAAGAUCAUUCCUCUAUGUUACUACAUAUUAAGGCUAGGUUUCCAUAAAUGUGCUGAUGUAGAUUUUGGGUAUUUCACUGAUUUUGUAAAGUGUAAGGAAGGGAUGAGUUUUAGUGAUAGGAGGUUGUUGUGUGUGGUUGCUAAGCAUUCGGGUUUUAGUGACGGGCAGUUGGAGAGGUUGAAAGAGCUUUGCAGUAGUAAUGAUUGUUUGAGUGAUGUUAUGAUGUGUUUGGAUGCUUAAGACCUAAUUUGCAGUGACGUGUUUUACUGUUUACAAGUAAUGUGGAGUUCAGUAGAAAAGACAAUGUUAACAAAUAUGACAGAUGUUGUUAGUAUUCGACGUUAUGACCUUGAAAUUUUUAUGUAUGGUUGUUUUUAUUGAAAUAUUAAUAACUAGCUUUUGCCCUCGACUUCGUCUGCGUGGAAUCAGUAACAGCAGCUAGAGUAAGUUUAGCGCCUGGAGAAAGUCUUAUAGCAAUCAUUCAAUUCGAGCAUAAUAUGCACACAAAUUAUCAGGCAACUCAUUAUCUCAAUUCAACCAUGAUUCCACCCACGAUUUUCGGGAUAAAAACUGUCCUGUGUCCUUCCCCGGAACUCAAACUAUCUCUAUGCUAAAUUUCAACUAAAUCGGUUCAGCGGUUUAAGCGUAAAGAGGUAACAGACAGACAGACAGACUUUCGCAUUUAUAAUAUUAGUAUGGAUUAACAUAUAUUUUAACUGUUGAUUAAAUCAUGGUUGUCAACAAAUAGUUCGAGAUUACGAAGAAAUAAAGGUAAAUUGAUUUGUUUAUAUUAUUUGUCUUUUCUACUGAACUCCGCUUUAGUAGUUACCGCAGCUAGCAUUGUAACAAAAUUAAACUUAAUGUCGAUAUGGUUCUCAAAUUUCGAUCAACAGUGUAUAAAAUACAUACUUUAUUCGCUUUAUUUUACUUUGAAAUGAAUGAAAUCGUGAAGGUUCUGGACUUAUUUUUGGGAUGAUACACUUAAUUAUGUACCACAUGUAAUUGUUUAUUAAUUUUGAUUAUUUUAACCUAUUUUUAGCUUAUGCGUUCUUAAUUAUUGUUAAAACUAUAUAACAAGGUGCCGAAACGUUGGGGUAAAAUUAAAUUAUAAAUAUUUAAAAACUGAAUGUGAGAAAUACAUUUUAUUUUGUAAAUAUGCCAAUUUCUACUGUUCAUGGUGAUAGUACAAAAUGCAAUGAAUAGGGGUACUGCAAUGUUCUGCCACCAGAGUGCAGCACUAGCCCCUUUAAUAAACCAUAGAGUAAUUUAUACAUACUGUGCCUUUAACAGUUUUUCUGACAAGUUUUCGCAGAUAAUUAAAUAUGACAUUGAUGCAUCAAGGCGGUUUGUUUUGAGAGCCUACCGGAAAACGCGAAUAUCAUAAUUUCGUGAUCUGCCUCUUUUUUUUGUUUUUAUUAUAAACUGAUCGGCGAUUGGCCCUAGUCACACCUGAUGGAAAGUGAAGACAGGGCCUAAGAUGGCUCUUUAUCGCUCAAAUGUGUAAAAGUGAUAGAGAGAUAGAUAACGAAAUUUCAAUUUCUUGUUUCGCGGUAGGCCCUCAGAUUGUGCUUGUGGCGCUCCCUACGCAGAGUUUUGCGUAAUAUUCCCUAUUAAGUAAAUGGAGUGAGGUUAUUUAAAUAGGCGUAAGUAACUAAAAAAUAUAAUAGAAAAAACACGUUACUCAAUGUGAAUAUUUGUCUUAACGUAGAACAAGCUAAACGUCGUUUUAGUGAAAUAUAUUUUUAGGAAUAUAAUAUUUACAUAAUUUUAACGUGAUUUUAACUAUAGCACAGAUUAUAUAAUACUAUAUAGUAACGGCUUCCAAAGCGAUACAGAUAUAGUUAAUACAUUUUUAAACAACUCUUUUUUUCUGCCUUCUCGCUAAAUAUUCUAGAAUUCGUAAAAAAGUGACAUUUCUUCAACCAAUAACGUCACUUGGCACUGACAGGUCAGUAUAAUAUUGGAAACAAAUCGAAUUAAUAAAACUCGAAUUCGCCUCAAGCAGGGCACACCUCGACUUAACAGAUUUUUUUUAAUCAUAUAAGACUUUCAUAAAUUAAUGAGGGCUAUCGUUUUUUGCUCACCAGUUGGCGCCUCUGUUGAUGGUGGUUCAAAAGAUUACAGAACAGCUGUCAGUCAUUGAAGUGACAAGUGACAUUUGACAUUUCGAACUAUGGAAAAGACCACCAUCUACACUAGCGCCCCUAGCAGCGAAUUCAUACGCGUUAGCGCUCAUUAACGCUGUAGCGCCAAGUUGAACUAAGUACCUACCUAACAUUUAAAAAUAAUAGCGUUUUCAUAAAGUCACAAACACAAAUUGAUCCAAGUUGAUUAGAUGGCGCUAGUUUAUUUUAGUGUAACCGAUAAGGAGGAAUAACAACUAACUCCGAUCUCACCAGCUAUGCUUAUAUGUAAAAUAGACUUUCGUAUAAUGGUAAUAAGUUGCAAACUCGAACGAAGAGACGUGUGAGAUGGGAGCUUUUUAAAAUUAUCUUUGACUAGUCCUUUUUAGAGACGAGCACUGUAGUGUUAGUAGCCUUAACGUUGUAUAAUUUGUAUAUUUUAUAGGAAAUUAUUAAGUAUGAAAUUAUGUUAUUUAUCACCGCUUCAGCGAGAAGUAAAAUAUAAUGAGAUUUAC